AUGUCGAUACAUGCUUUGAGAAUUCCAGACUACGCCUUAGGCGAAUACUCGCACAACGACAAAGUUGUGAUUACGGGCAGUUUUGAUAACUGGGAACACACAAGACACGUUUUGAAGUUUGACAACAUCGAGAAAGCUUACAAUGUGACGAUUCCAAGCGGGGAGUCGGACCGCAUAAUAUUCAAGUUUGUGAUAAAUGAUAAAGAAUGGGUUACUCUGCCCUAUUUCGAAACCCAGACUGAUAGUAGAGGCCUUGUCAAUAAUGUGCUUUGCUGGAGCGACCACACGGAAAACUGUCUCGAUAACGUUACGAUUUCCAGUGCUGCGGCUGGAACAGCGCCAGCGCAAGAAGAGAUGGUUUUGGGAAUCGCUGACACUAGCCAUGUCGAACUGGCGUCGCCCACGGCCGUUACUGAACCCAGAUCAACCAUGCAGAACUCGCCCGUCGAACACGACUACAUCCAUGUAUCUUCUCAAGACGAACUGAGCAGUACAGAAAACCUCGAUCUGAACUCCCGUGAUAGCUACGACUGCAAUGACGGAUCACUUGUUUCACAUCCGUCUAGCGAAUCACCCACUUCCCGCCAGGGCUCGCCUCCCGCGUCUCAGAAACGACUUCAAUCGCUUGUGUCAGUAGUCAAGCGUGUUAAAAUGUAUUGGAGUGGCUGA